ACCAAACUUAAUUUCAUCAUCGAUAGUAUGUGUGUAUCUACUCAACACUUUAUAACCAAUCACAAACAUUCUACAAAUCUCUGCCAAUAAAAUAUCUUCAAAACAUAGCAAACUGUUUUGCUUAUGUAAUAUCGAUGAAACGAGCAAGUUUAACACACAAAAACCUCCUCCUCAGUUUAUUUUACCACUCAUGGUAAAAAUGACUCCCUGUCUUGUCAUAUUAUUGUUUCACUGACAAACACAACAGCGCAUAUAUCAAUGCACAGAUAAAUUAUCCCAAUAUGUCAUCUUUGAAUCAGAAACAGUACAUUUUCUAUGUGGAACUUGUUAUUAUUUCAUUCACUGGAUUAGGAGGUCUGCUGUCUUUGAUAAGUGUAUGUGUUAGACGUUGUUGGAUAUCUGACAAAUUUAUUGAAGCAGUGCAUAUGCAUACAAAUUAUCAAAACUUGACCCGAUGUGAAACAUCAUGCCUGCUCGCUAUAAUUGGAACAAUAUGCAGUGAAAUAUCAGCACUUUUUGGUGUCAUGAGAAUGUAUCUUCGUAAUGUGAAAAAGAUAAAAAGAUGUAAAACGGCGCAAUUCAUUUAUUUGAUUGCAGGAUUUAUCAGCCUACUAAGUUCUGUAGCCGUCUGGGCUGACUUCCUGCGUCACCUACCUCAUGAAAUAGGAGCUAGUUAUCAUUUAAAAAAGUUCACACUUCGUCAUCGAAAUCAACUUCUUGAAGAGAAGAAGAAAGCCUUAUCCAGAGAUCAAUUGAAAAAUCCACUAACUCGUUUAACAAUGUCAAACAGAAGUAUACCUUUGUAUCGAAAUUAUGAGAAUAUGCAAAUUCCUGCACAACAUAUACAUCUUAGUGUGAAUUAUCUAUUUGGUUGGGCAUAUUGGUUUUGUGUUGUGGCAGUUGUAUUUCUAUUCCUCAGUAAUUUAAUCUACCUAAUGCGGAAAGACUGUGAAGAACAGAAACAGUCGACUGAAGUGGUUUGAUUGUUUUUAUGAGUUUACAAGAGACAUGAAAAAUGCAUGAAACAUUCAUGGGGAUAUAUUCAAAUCUGUAUUUUUUUUAAAGAUUUAAAUUGGAUAGACCGUUUGACAGAUGAACGGAAGAGAAACAAUGCGAAGAAGGUUGUAAACCUGAAAUCAUCGAGACAGAAAGAUUUUAUUACUAUGAAGGAUAUUUC